CAAGAAUUGGAAAAGAGAAGCGCAGACCUUCUGUUUCUUCUCUUUCUAGCAUGGAAGUUGACGUCUGUUAAUACCAUCUUUCUCGCAGCGCUCUCAUCGCUAUGAGCGCUGCAAGGCUCCUCAAUCCCUGCCAUUUCCGCUACACAGCUCUCGCCGCUGCUGCCUACGCCGGAGCACAUAGCGCAAAUCGAAGAACAGGCGUCGCCAGACUCGACAGCCCGCCAGGCGCCAAUCUCCCGCAAGAUGCCGACCUGGUCGCCUAUGGCCAGCGCUUGCAGAGCAACUUUCCCCGCGAAGACCCCGAACGUGCCACCAAGCGAGGCGAUGCCGAAGUCAUUGGUAAGACGAGUGAUCCCGACCAGUAUUCCCCGGGCUUUGAAGACGACGACCAAAACACGUGGUCCUUAUUCUCUCGGAACUUCAACAAUGUAAGAGAAGGGAUAGCGAGGAUACAAUGGAGCACUUUGGGCGAUAAGAUCACGGAUUUCGUCCUUCCAACAUGGGCAAAGACCCUGCCGGAGAGCAUCCAGAAGCUGCAGGCCGAGUUGUCGAUGCAGCCAGGCUCCUUAGCGGACGACAUAUGGAAAGAAGCGCAGGAUCCCUCCAUCAACCCUGAGAUCCUAUGGGACGCGACCGUACGUGUGAGCCGUUGCUUGGGUUGGGACGAGCUGAACUUUCGGCGCAAGAGGAAGGAAUACGUCACAAAGGCAUUGGCAAAAUAUCUGGAGAUUGACGAGAAGGAAAUACACCCCGAUGAUGUGCCUACAAUUGCAAUGUGUGGGAGUGGCGGUGGCUUGCGGGCCAUGGUCGCUGGAACCAGUAGCUACAUGUCUGCUCAAGAGGCGGGUCUGUUUGACUGCGUGACAUACACUGCUGGGGUCAGCGGAAGUUGUUGGCUGCAGACACUCUUUUACUCGUCACUUGGGAAACAAGAUCACAAAACCAUUCUGAAGCACCUGAAGUCCCGGCUGGGAACACACAUUGCAUUUCCUCCGCCAGCCCUGAAGCUACUUACCAGUGCGCCAACGAACAAGUUUAUACUCAGCGGUUUCGUUGAGAAAUUGAAAGGAGAUCCAGGUGCAUCGUUCGGAUUGGUUGAUAUUUACAGCCUCCUACUUGCGGCACGGCUACUUGUUCCUCAUGGUGACCUUGAUGUCCACGACUACGAUCUGAAACUGUCAAAUCAGCGCGUGUACAUCGAAAACGGCCAAUAUCCGAUGCCCAUCUACACCGCGGUACGACAUGAGAUACCAGUCGAGGAGGUGAAAAAGGAAGAAGCCAAGGGCAAUUACGCUCUGAAGCAGAACGUAGAAGACAAGGCCCGGAAAGAAGCGUGGUUCCAAUGGAUUGAAAUGCAUCCAUGGGAAGUCUGGUGCGAAGAGUUUGGAGCCGGCAUUCCAACAUGGAGCCUGGGUAGACCCUUCUACAGGGGCCGGAACCAGAUCAUCGACACUGGCGUCGCGCUGCCAGAAAUCAGACAAAGUCUUCUACUUGGGAUAUGGGGCUCCGCUUUUUGUGCGACUCUAUCUCAUUACUAUAAGGAAGUCAAACCUGCGCUGGCCGGAAUAUUGGAGUUCGCCGGACUCGAUGGCCUGAUAGAAGACAAGAACGACGAUCUCAUCAAGAUUCACCCGAUCGAACCGGCCACCAUACCGAACUACGUCUACGGCAUGAAAGAUCAAUUACCAUCGACAUGUCCAGAGUCCGUCUUCAAGAGCGACCAUCUCCAGAUCAUGGACGCUGGCAUGAGCAAUAACCUCCCCAUUUACCCGCUUCUCCGACCCGGUCGAGACGUGGACAUCCUCAUUGCAUUCGAUGCCUCCGCAGACAUUCAGAAAGAAAAUUGGCUAUCUGUAGUCGACGGCUACGCCAAACAGCGUGGGAUAAAGGGCUGGCCCGUAGGCGCUGGUUGGCCGAGAUUAAUGGCGAAACCACAAGAAAACGCGAAAAUUCUGGCCGAAGCCCAAGCGGCUUCGUCACAAGAGGCUGCUACGAAGCUUGCAGAAGUGAAGGAGGAAAACAGCCGGGGGAAAGCCACGAGCGACAUGAAGAGUGAUGUCCCCGAAAGUCCGACGACCGGUAAAGAGCCUGACGCAGAGUCUACUGAACUGGGUGCUUGCAAUGUGUGGGUUGGCACGAAAUCAGAACGUACAUUUGAGGAGGAACCUCCGCCCAGCAAACGGUUGGCAUGGGACAGUCCUGACGACGGCACGUUCCAUCUGAUGCGACCAGAGGCGGGAAUUGCAGUCAUAUACUUCCCGCUACUCCCAAACAAGAAAGUUUCGGGUGUCGAUCCGGAUACAAGCGAUUACAUGAGUACGUGGAACUUCAUAUAUACGCCGGAGCAGAUUGACAAGGUCGUGAGUCUGGCGAGGGCCAACUUCGAGGAGGGCAAAGACGUGACCAAGCGAACUGUUAGGGCCGUAUAUGAGCGCAAAAAGAAGGUACGAAUGGAACGGGAGGAGAGGCUACGGAUGAAGGCAUGGAAGAAGGCUGUGAGGAAGGAGGGUGAUCAUUUUGGGGUUUCGUAGCAAGAUUCGUGUCUAGAGUGAAGAGACGGAAAGGCAACGAAGAGAUAUACGAGGGCCGCAUAGAUGGACGGACGAUACUAGGCCUGCAUCAGUGGGAGAGGAGGUGAAGCGUUCGACGCAAGACUAAUAUUUUGUUUAGGAAGUCGUGCGAAGCCGCUUCGUCUAGCAAUCCAAGUUUGGAGUACUUUCCAUGUAUAGAGAUAGCCAUAGACUACUAGCACUCAAUUUGAAGGAAUGGAUAUUCAACCCAGUCCGGGCAG